AUGCAGAAAUUCAUCGAAGCAGAUUAUUACGAGCUGGACUGGUAUUAUGAAGAGUGCACGGAUGUUUUAUGUGCUGAACGAGUGGGCCAGAUGACUAAAACAUACAAUGACAUAGAUGCUGUCACACGUCUGCUUGAAGAGAAAGAACGGGACUUAGAAUUAGCUGCUCGCAUUGGCCAGUCGCUGUUAAAGAAGAACAAAUCACUGACAGAGAGAAAUGAGUUCCUGGAGGAGCAAGUAGAGCACAUCAGGGAAGAGGUUUCUCAGCUGAGGCAUGAGCUCUCCAUGAAAGAUGAGCUGCUCCAGUUCUACACCAGUGCUGCUGAAGAGAGUGAGCCAGAGUCGGUCUGUUCCACCCCGCUGAAGAGGAAUGAAUCUUCCUCCUCCGUCCAGAACUACUUUCAUUUGGAUUCUCUUCAAAAGAAGCUCAAGGACCUUGAAGAGGAGAAUGUUGUGCUUCGAUCUGAGGCCUGUCAGCUGAAGACUGAAACAAUUACUUACGAAGAGAAAGAGCAGCAGCUUGUCAAUGACUGUGUAAAAGAGCUAAGGGAUGCAAACAUCCAGAUUGCCAAUAUCUCUGAAGAGUUAGCAAAGAAAACUGAAGAUGCUGCCCGGCAGCAGGAGGAAAUCACCCAUCUUCUCUCUCAGAUAGUGGACCUGCAGAAAAAGGCAAAAGCUUGUGCAGUUGAAAAUGAGGAACUUGUCCAGCAUUUGGGAGCAGCUAAAGAUGCCCAGAGACAGCUCACAGCAGAGCUGCGAGAGCUGGAGGACAAGUAUGCAGAGUGCAUGGAAAUGCUUCAUGAGGCUCAAGAAGAGCUGAAGAACCUUAGGAACAAGACGAUGCCCAAAGCCAUAUCCCGGCGGUACCACUCGCUCGGGCUCUUCCCCAUGGAUUCUUUGGCAGCAGAGAUAGAAGGGUCCAUGAGGAAGGAGCUGCAUUUAGAUGAACCCGACUCUCCUGACUUUGCGUAUGACUGA